GCAAUUUCUAAUCCACAAUUGCACAAAACUCUUGAAAGCAUAUGUCCAGACUUUUUAGAGAUUUGUACCACGUUCAACAAUUUCUACAAGAACCCAAUUUUUUCCUCGCUUACACUCUUCCUAUCCUUCUGGGUUUUGUGUGUGUGAAAGAGGACCGAAAUUUUAUUAAUAACUUUAUUGCUGACUUGGGAGUAUUUUAUUAUUUUUUAUUUUUUUCCCCCUUGAAUAGAAUCAUUGUGUUAAGUUCACCUCUCAUGGAUUUUGGGGUUAAAAGGAUCUAUAGUGAAAAAUGAUACAUCAGUGAUGACGAAUAGAAAUGAUGAUGAUGUUGAUUUAGGACUUUCUCUGGGUUCUACCAAUCACUGUGUUCGAACAACGUUGAACAAUAGUUCGGGUGCAGGUGUAAAUGCAAACUCAGGAGUGGACAUAGCAUUUGCUGCAUCUGAUCCCUUGUCUGAAUUAGUUUGGUCCCCACACAAAGGUUUGAGUCUGAAAUGUGCGGAUCCCGACUUAGCAGAGAAAAAUCCAUUUGUUACGUGGAAUGUGGGACCAAUCAAUAAGGUUUUUUCACCAUCACAAAGCAUUAGAUCCAGGGAAACUGAAGAUGGAAAAGCUAUAGAUAAGGGAAACUCAACUAUAUUACAGGCAAAAAUAGAUAUGGAUGAAGUUGGCGAUGGAACAACUGUGGCAAUAUCUCCAAGAAACAGUCCUGGCCCUUUGUGCAAUGUAAGCCAUGGAAACCACGAGGAUGCAGAAAGUGGUGAUGAAGUCAGAGAAGGGUUCGGUAAUCAUAAUGACGAGCAUCUUAGGGACAACGGAGAAAACUUGAGAAGUCCAGAGAAUGUCCAAAAUCCUGAGAUUUUUGAAAGCAGCAAGGACAUUCUAGGACAUUGUAUUCUAACAAAUGAAACCAGUGAUUAUAUAGCUAACAUGGAAAUAGCAUCCAGCAAACUGAAUGCUAAAGUUGAAGAUGUUGCUGGUAGCAGUCAGAUAUUUGGAUUCAGUGUUGCUAUAUCCUCUGAAUCUCAUGCUGCGAAGAAUUCUGACGGUCUUCUUAGUCCACUACCAAAUUUACAACCUCCAAAGGAACAAGAUAAUGAAGUAACAUCGGCUCCUGGAGAGGAGAAUGAAAUGAAGAUGCACCCUUUGAUGAAGUUGGAAUCUAGUGAUGAAAAUGACUCGUACCAUCUAACUGCUAAAGGGGCUAGCAGUUCAAGUGACGAGAGAUUUCCGAGGGACAAAUAUCUUCCACUAGAAAGUGCUCCAAAAAAUAGUAUGAUCUUUUUGAAUCAGAGCAAAAGCAAAGAAAAGGCAUUAUGUGAUGGAGAUGAUAAUGGAAAACUGUCAAAUUGUGAGGAAGGAAGACAGGAGAGUGUAGAAAGUUGUAAUAGCGCGGGUUUCUUUCCAAGAGGUAAAAGGCGACGUAACUAUGAUAAGGAUUUUUCUGAUGGAAGAAAAAAAUUGAAAAACCAAAUUCAAGGAAGUUCUGGUUCGACCUCCAUGAUCAGGCAUGGUAACUCUUUCAUGAAUUGGAUUUCAAGUAUGGUAAAAUGUAUACCAAAUUCCAGUCAGGGACAGGCCCCACCUCUGGUUCUUCCUCUUGCUCAUCUAAAUGAUAUGCACGACGAAAUUCACCGGGGAAUUUUAAUUUCCAAGAAAGAAAAUGAUUCUCCUAGCCAACCAAUGGGGUUCCAAACUAUAUUUCAGUCCUUAUAUUGUCCACGUGUAACGGUUCCUGAUACAAGUGUAUCAAAAGAAAGUCACUGCUUAGAAGAAUCUAAAGAGCUUGUGGUGGCUGACAAUACAUUCCUUGAGAAUCCUCCAAUAACAUGCCAUACAGACACUGAUAACUCUUGCAAGAAAAUUCUUGCAUCAAAUGCAGAAGUUAAUCCAUGUCAAUCAACAAACUUGGUGGGCCAGUAUAGAAAACCCUGGAAUUUUACUGCAGUCAAUGCUUAUGGUCAGGAUGCUUGCAAGAGAAAUUUAGCAGGAAAUAAACCUUCGAGAAGCCUUGCAUGCAGUAGAGAAAAUGCCGGAAUGAGCCCAUCUGAUUCGCUCCAUCAACUGGUGAAUAAAACAGCAGAUAAUACAAAACCAAGUUUUCACUUGGAAGGCAAGGUUAUUGGUAAUAUGUCUAACGAAAGCGGUUCAAUUCCUAGUUUGUGGAUUACCCGUUUUUCUACCAAAACUCCUAGGUUAGAGAACUGCAAUCAGGCUACUGACAGAGACUUCGAGCGUUCCACUGUUUGCACUAGAGUCAGUUCUUUUACUAAGGUAAAUGCGGAUUUUCCCAAUGCCCAGAAAAGCCCUGAGGCCAGGGUUAACUCCCCUGAAGACCAGGUUGACUUUGGGGCGAAAGAGAUGCAAAGCUCUGCUACCAAUUCUGAGGCGUCCUUGGAAUUUAAGUCUAUUGGUAAAUUUGAUCCCAUUCUACUUUCCCAGUGUAAAAGCUCAGAGGUGAUGGCCUGUGUGUUUGCCCAGAGAUUGGAUGCACUCAGGCACAUUACACCCUCGAAUUUUAAAUGUUCUUCAACUUUCCCAUCAGCAACUUGUUUCAUUUGUGGUGGACUUGGCCAUGAUAUGCAUGACUGCCCAGACAUAACAGAAACUGAGCUUGAUGAUCUUGUAAGAAACGCCAGUUCAUUUUACAGGGUGGAAAAAUCUCCUCCUUUAUGCCUUAGAUGUUUUCAACUGGAUCAUUGGGCUAUUACAUGUCCAAUGAGAUCCACAAGUAGGCACCAUCAGUUAGAACUGAAUGCUUCUUUUGCCAAUCAGGAUACUGUGGGUGGUAAACAACUCUGUGCCAGUAAAGAAAAAUGUUCUAGUUCUUUGGGUGCUAAGGAAGAUCAUCCACCAGUUUUUAUUAAUCAGAGGGCUCGCAGGGACGGGAAUCGUUCCUUUCCCAGUAACCUGUUGUGGAAUGUAAGGGAGUCUUCAGGCAAAAGAACAAGUUCAAAUGAAGGUCAAAAUAAUAACACUUCAAAUUCUGAGAAUGAUUUGAAGGGAAUUCAUGAUUUACCUUUGCAAGUCUCAGUCAGCAUGAAGUAUGUAGAUACACUGAUAGAGAUGUUUGAUGUUGUAAAGAAGCUUCGCAUCUCUCGUGCAGACGUCCUCAGAUGGAAGAACUCCAAUGUCUCUUUGUCACAUUUAAAUGGUUUUUUCUUGCGUUUGCGAAUCGGGAAGUGGGGAACAAGGCUCGGGGGCACUGGCUACUAUGUUGCUUGCAUAACAGAAUCAACGGGAGCACAAAGAGAAAAAUUACGUAAAAGUUCCAAGAAUUCUGUCUGUGUAGACAUUUCGGGGAUACAAUGCUUUGUUGGAAGCCAGUAUGUCUCAAACCAUGAAUUUUUUGAGGUUGUGCUAUCAGUUGGAAGGCUAUAUUACAGAAUACAAUAGCAUUAUCUACUACUAAGACAGAGUACAUAACUAUUAUAGAGGCUUGUAAAGAAGAUAUGUGGUUGAGGGGAUUGGUAAAAUCAGUGAAGACUUACAGAUAUCUACAGUCUAUUAGGAUAAAGUACUAUUUUUCUAACAAAUGAUCAAAUGUUUCAUGAUAGGACAAAGUACAUUGAUAUGAUGUAUCAUUUUGUAUGAUGUGAUUGCUCAUGGUGAUAUUGUUGUGAAUAAUGUUGAUACCAAGGAGAAUUCCAUUGAUAUGUUGACAAAGGCAUUCCCUAUUGUCAAGUUUGAGCAGUGCAUGGACUUGGAUGGUAUUUGUUGCUGAAUUAGCCCUCGAGGGUUAGUGGAAGAGGUGGAGAAUUGCUUAUUGAAGAGUGAAGAGUAAUUCUUUGCUCUAGAAUUUGUGUCAAGUUGGAGAUUUGUUGAAUUGUGACCUAAAUUCCAUUGGGAAUUAGUGUUUUGGUUAAAGAGUCCUUGAAGAAGUCAAAAUAUGGAUUUGACUAGUUUUGGACAUGAACAGGAUGCCUAAGCACUGCAUUCGGGGCUCCUAGGUGCCAUUCGGAGUGAUUUGGAGGUUUUUGUCCCAAGAUGCAGCACUCAAGCGCUUCCCUGGCCGCUCACUAGCCCCGAGCUAGGGUGCUCGAGCAGCAGUGUUAUACGCCCAAAUUUUUUUCGUUGAUUUUAAUGAAUUUCUUGAUUCCUAUAUUGUCUAAAACACUAGAAUUGAGGUCCUAUAUAUACUCCACAUCUUAUAGUCUCUUCUUAACUCUAGAAAAUACGUUAGAUUUGGUCGAGAAUGCAUCAUGUCUUGUGUAACACCAAUCAUUGAUCUUGAUUUUGAUCUAGUGAGUUCUCCUCUUAUGCUCGUCGUUUUUUCCCAUAUUGUGUUUUCACAUAAAGUUUUUGGUGGUUUUAUUUGUGAAUUGGUUUAUUUUAUCUUGUAAUUAUCUUGCUUCAUUCACAUCAGAGCUCCAUUUUAUGACCUGUGCAUGUGCCUUGAAGUAUGACCCAGAAACUAACAGCGUGCAGAUUUUUUAGUAUUUAAAUAUUGGUUAGUGUGGGUAGCUGGACAAAUAAAAUCAGAAGAUUUUGUUAUUACUCUUUCUUGACCCCUUACGAGAAACCAUUAAAGAUAUAGUUGGUGUUGAUGUUGAUGUAAUAUCAUGGCCAUAGCAAAGUUUUUAAGGAUCUGUUUGGCACUAAUUUUGAAAAGUCGGAAGCGGCUUUUGAGACUAAAAAGCUGCUUUUACAUCUGUUUGGAUAAUUUUCUAAAUCUUCUUUGGUCUAAUUAGAAUUGCUUUUAAAUGUAGUUGGUUAAAGGUGACUUUUUUCAAGAAAGUCUUUUUCAAAAAGGAAAAGCAAAAGCAAAAGCUAUCCUAAAUCUUCUUGAAUAUUGGGUUGCUGUUACUCGUUCU